AUGCAUGACGAACACCCGCACCCGCUCCUCGCCCAAGUCCCCCUGACCAUUUCGCCUUUCCUCUCCCUCCCCACCGCCACACCUCUACCAUAUUCGUACAAAACUCUACCCUCGACUCUACCCCCAUCUGUCCUCCAGAACCCCGAUUAUGUAACCUCCUCGGCCGGCACCUCGGCUGCCCCCGACGCCAUCCUACAAUCUUGUCUCGCCCUCCAACAACAUCUUCAGAAACUAGAAGCCGAUGCGCGGAAGACGCUGAAGGAGUGGGAAGACAAGAGGAAAGCAGAGGAUUUGGCCGAGAAGAGGAGGUUGGCACCGGGUUGGUUGGACAGUGGGGUGCACAUAUUAAAGCCCGAGGUAGACGAGGUCAAAGGGAAGGAGAUGGAGGUGGAGAAUAUCAUGGAUGAUGACCCGCAGCAAAGGGAGGCUGAGGUGAAGAAGGAGAGGGAAGGAGAGGAAUUAGACAGGGUGUUUGGUGGGAUGAAGGUUUGA